GAUUAGAUUGGAGAAAGCCAAAGAGGUACGGCUAUACUACGGAGCCAGGGAAGAGACGCGGCAUGGAGAGGCAGACAGGAGGAGGGUGACUAAGUGAAUGCAGUUUGCUGUAUCGCAGUGGAGUCCACAGGCUGUCUGGCGGAUCUUAUUGAAUCAACAAAUGGAUUUACAUGGCAUAUGAGGAGCACGCACUAAUACUGUCUUUACGUCCUUUCACCGCUGCGACCACUGUGAAGAAAGCGCGGCAGAGGGUUACAGCCGACAACUCAUCUCUCAGCUGUGAGCAGAUUAGAGUCUACUCAGCGGCAGUACAGGCUAUUCUUGCCGGUAAGUGUGCGAAAGGGGGAGAGUGACGGUGUGUGUUGGGGUGCUCAUAAUAGCAGCCCCAUUGGUAUUCAGCGGAGGGAGCUCCAGGAUCUCGCUGCGCCUUUCCCCGGGAUGGGAUCACAGAGCAGGGAUUGUGCUUGCCCACGGAGAGCCCGGUGAAAUGGAUUAGCGCGUGCCAAAGAUGGACCUUGAAUAGGCAACAUGGAAGUCUAAACCAACGCUGCACUUUUUCUGGAUAAAACUUCCCUUAGGAGUCGUUGGACUGCAAACCAAUUAGUGAGUUGGACAUACCUUUGAGUGGUGUGGACUUUAUCAAAAAUGAAAUAGGUGAUGCUUGAGCAGUGGCAUGGAGCUUUUUGACCUGUCUGGAUUUAUGGGUUGGAUAUCCCAUCAAGAUUACAACACUUUAGUGAAUGCUGCGGAAGUCCCCCCCACUGGCUUGUGGGCAAAAGCGAGUAAUUGAAAAAUCCUCCCCUGAGAACCUCUCCAUUUUGAUUUGUUGUUCUGAAAGAGAAUUUAUAUAUUUCCCCCUCUUUACUGAAGAGCAAUUUUAACAAAACAGGCUUUAUCCUUCCCUUUCUACCGUUUUGCUACGGUCUCCUCUCACAUUGCGGAGAAAUACAUUAUGAAACAGCGCCAUUCUUCUUCAUCCUCCCUCAGUGACGGAAAGAGAGGAGGGACAGAUUGUCCAGAAUAGAUAACCAGCGAAGAAGCCAGGCACAGAGAAAAAAUCAAAAGUAGACUAAAAGAAUAUUGUUGAAAAUCUGUGUGUAGAGUUUUGUGCCUUUUCUAUUUGUUGCUUGUUAGCGCCAUGUGCAGUAGACGGGUCAGGAAACACAAGCAGAGUUGGGCACUGGUAGGGAAAAGAUUGAAGGAUGUCCUGGUAAAGAGACAGCACUGAAUGAAAGCAGAGCUCUGAGGCUGGUAAGACGGGUGGAUACAGGCAGACAGGUAAACAGGCAGGACCCAGUGUCAGGCACAGUGCCAGGCAGACAUCCAGUGGCGACACAGUCAUUGUCAUUCUGCUGAGGGAAAGGACUCAAGGGAAGAAGCCAGUGAAGAAAAAAAAAGAGAGGAUUCCGGUUUUGGUAGCAUCUUGAGAUUCCAUCCAGUAUCAAAAUCCCAUGCAUUGAAGGCAUAAGGCAGUCAGGCAGGGAGGAGAGAGAGACUGCCAUCAGAAAGGGGAAUAGGGAGAGAGCAGGUGUCGGAAAUCCUCCCCUUCAUCUGCUUGUCAUUUACUUCUUUAUAUUUUCCCCUCGUCUGGUGAGCUGAUUGGUUUUCUGGUGCUAGCGGGCCUGUGCUGCAAUCCUGACAAACAAACAGAAAGACAAACUAAAAAAAGUCAAAAAAGGAGACUGUUUGACUCAAUUUUUUGCAGCUUCCUUUUUUUUUUUCUAAAGAUAAGAAGAAAACAACACACCAAUCAAUCCCUCAUUUUCGUCUGACCAGAACUGAUCCAGAGCUUGUUUCAAAGGGAUUAUUUUUGGAUUCUUCUGUGGUUUUUCGGCCUCACUGUGACACUUUGAGAUUCUGUGACCCCCACGCCCCCCUGCUUGGGCUGAAGUGCUAAACUCCGACUUUCCCCCAAGAUUUCGGCGCCUGCUAACUGCUACAGAGAUAAUAUGGCACGGCGCUUCUGAAACCGUCUGAUUCAUUCUGUGGUGGUACAGGCAGCCAGCAGACCAUUCUCCAUGAGGAGCAGUAGAAGAUGCCAGCUCUGCCAGCACUGCUGCUGUCAACACACUUCCUGUCCUUUCUGCUAGUCACUAUGGCGCCACGCUCCCUCAGUCAAGCCCCUCUCCUCUCUUCUGUCCGCAUGGCAGCAAUCCUGGAUGACCAGUCGGUGUGUGGGCGAGGGGAGCGGCUGGCGCUGGCUUUGGCCCGGGAGAACAUCAACAGUGUGAUGGAGGGUCCCACUCGAGCCCAAGUGGAGGUGGACAUCUACGAGCUGCAGAAAGACUCUCAGUAUGACACCACUGACACUAUGUGUCAGAUUCUACCCAAAGGCGUCGUCUCUGUCAUCGGUCCCGCCUCUAGCCCCGCCUCUGGGUCAACUGUCAGUCAUAUAUGUGGAGAAAAAGAGAUCCCACAUGUAAAGAUCGGCCCGGAGGAGACUCCUCGCCUGCCCUACCUUCGCUUCGCCUCCGUGACGCUGUACCCUAGCAACGAGGACUUAAGCCUGGCCAUAGGAGCCAUCUUGCGAUCCUUCAGCUACCCAUCAGCCAGCCUCGUGUGCGCCAAGGCGGAGUGCCUGCUCAGACUGGAGGAGUUGGUGCGCCGCUUCCUCAUCUCCCGGGAGACACUGUCAGUCCGUAUGCUGGAUGACAACAUGGACCCCACACCGCUGCUCAAGGAGAUCCGUGACGAUAAGGUGGCCACCAUCAUCAUCGAUGCCAACGCCUCUGUGUCCUACCUCAUCCUCAAAAAGGCAUCAGAGCUCGGGAUGACAUCAGCGUUUUACAAGUACAUCCUAACCACCAUGGACUUCCCCCUCCUGAGACUAGAUGACAUAGUCGACGACCAGUCCAACAUCGUGGGCUUCUCCAUGUUCAACACCACUCACCCGUUCUACCUGGAGUUUAUCCGGAGCCUGAACCUGUCCUGGCGGGAGGGCUGUGACCUGACGUACCCUGGCCCAGCACUCUCGUCGGCCCUGAUGUUUGACGCGGUGCAUGUGGUGGUGGGCGCCGUCCGGGAAUUGAACCGCAGUCAGGAGAUUGGAGUGAAGCCACUGAGCUGCACAUCGCCUCAGAUCUGGCAACACGGGACCAGUCUCAUGAACUAUCUGCGCAUGGUGGAGUAUGACGGUCUGACGGGCCGCGUGGAGUUCAACAGCAAAGGGCAGAGGACCAACUACACCCUGCGGAUCCUGGAGAAGCACCGUGGAGGCCACAAAGAGAUCGGAAUCUGGUACUCCAACAACACGCUGGCGAUGAACUCCACCAGUCUGGAUAUUAAUGUCUCUGAGACGCUGGCGAACAAGACCCUCAUUGUUACCACCAUACUGGAGAAUCCGUAUAUGAUGCGCAAAGACAACUACCAGGAUUACCAGGGCAAUGACCAGUAUGAGGGCUUCUGUGUGGACAUGCUGAGGGAGGUGGCAGACAUGCUCAAGUUCUCCUUCAAGAUCAAGCUGGUGGAUGAUGGGCUCUACGGCGCUCCAGAGCCCAAUGGUUCUUGGACAGGCAUGGUUGGAGAGCUGAUCAACAGGAAAGCCGACCUGGCCGUGGCAAGCUUCACCAUCACAUCGGAGCGAGAGAAAGUUAUUGACUUCUCUAAGCCGUUCAUGACCCUGGGGAUCAGCAUCUUGUACCGGGUUCAAAUGGGACGGAAGCCAGGUUACUUCUCCUUUCUCGACCCCUUCUCACCCGCCGUCUGGCUCUUCAUGCUGCUUGCCUACCUUGCUGUCAGCUGCGUGCUUUUCCUAGCUGCAAGGUUAAGCCCUUAUGAGUGGUACAACCCUCACCCGUGUCUCCGGGAGCGCAGGGACAUGCUGGAGAAUCAGUACACUUUGGGGAACAGUCUGUGGUUCCCAGUGGGAGGAUUCAUGCAGCAGGGAUCAGAGAUCAUGCCCAGGGCCCUGUCCACCAGAUGUGUCAGUGGUGUGUGGUGGGCGUUCACGCUCAUCAUCAUCUCCUCCUACACGGCCAACCUGGCAGCCUUCCUCACCGUGCAGAGGAUGGAGGUGCCUAUCGAAUCCCCUGACGACCUGGCUGACCAGACCAACAUCGAGUAUGGGACCAUCCAUGGAGGCAGCACCAUGACUUUCUUUAUGAACUCACGGUACCAGACCUACCAGCGCAUGUGGAACUACAUGUACUCCAAGCAACCCAGUGUGUUUGUGAAAAGCACAGAGGAAGGCAUCGCUCGUGUACUCAACUCCAAGUACGCCUUUCUGAUGGAGAGCACCAUGAACGAGUACCACCGUGGCCUCAACUGCAACCUGACUCAGAUCGGAGGCCUGCUGGACACCAAGGGCUAUGGGAUCGGCAUGCCUCUAGGCUCUCCUUUCCGGGAUGAGAUCACGUUGGCCAUCCUCCAGCUGCAGGAGAAUAACCGUCUGGAGAUCUUGAAGAGGCGAUGGUGGGAAGGAGGCCAAUGUCCCAAAGAGGAGGACCACCGCGCCAAGGGUCUGGGCAUGGAGAACAUUGGAGGCAUCUUCGUAGUGCUGAUCUGCGGCCUAAUCAUUGCUGUGUUCGUGGCCAUUAUGGAGUUUGUGUGGUCGACGCGGCGUUCCGCAGAGACCGAUGAGGUAUGCCCCCAUACCUGUCCUCGCCGACCCCACAGACACUCCCCAGUGUCUGUUUGUCAGGAAAUGAUCACAGAGUUCCGAAACGCCGUCUCAUGUAAGAAGAGUUCCCGCCUGCGUCGGCGCCGGCCCCUCAGCAGUUCAGCUGCCCUGCGACACCCUGCACGCAUCGCCAUGGGUGCCCCGCGGCCUUUGCGCCUGGUCCGAGAGAUGCGCCUGAGCAACGGGAAGCUCUACAGUGGAGCAGGACCCCUGACAGGGGGCACUGGAGGGGGGUGUACAGGACCUUCAGAUGUUGGGCCAGGACCACAGCGUAUCCUAGAUGACCCUCUAGGAGCUAACGCUACCCCUCCCCCUCCAGCACCCACCCCAGUUAUGUUGCCGGGGCGGGGGUGCUCUCAUGUGCGCAUCUGCCAAGAGUGCAGAAGAAUCCAGAACAUGAGAGCAGGGGGCAGUAUAGGCUCCACAGGCAGCCGAAUACCCCCCUCCUCUGCACCUUUGCCCCGCCUACCCCCACCUCCACCUCAGUCCUCCUCAAACACGGACAGUGAGGGUGGCGGGGGGGCCAGUCCGAGGAGACUUCACCACAGCCCCCCACCCCACAGCAGCCGGCCCUGUCCGCCCCACAGCAGUAACAGCACAGACCUAAUGGGAGACCAGGACUGAGAGCAGUACAAACACUACUUCUUAAAGGACCAAUGCUUUUGUUAUUUUGGACAAAAGGGUGUCUUUAAAUGGACUUUUACAGAGAAAUUAAACUGACAAAUGAAACUCGGCUCCCAUACACCGAACUGCUCAGUGUGAACAAGUCUCCACAGAAGAGAAAAGACAGAAGGUUCCUUACUUUCCUCACCUCCAGAUUGGAGUCUUACGCAGACACUUUGCUAAAAGAGAACAAUCUCUGGUGUGAAAAGGAGCCCUGUCAAAGGACAUACCGUAUCUGUAUGUGAUUUAAAAGAACAUAUAAAGACUUCCAGAGAACAAUUUCCUGUUGUUUAAUUUUUUUGGUUGUCUUGUUUUGUUACCAUUGUUCAAAGUGGGAAUCCAGAGUUAAAUACAGCCUAUUUGUGACAAUAUGGUGGAUUAUAAAAUACUAAGAGAUUUGACUUA